AUGGCAGCCAACCAAGUCGACAAAGGCAAAGCCACAACGCAAGAACCUCUCCCUCUCGGGAAGAAAAAAAUAACCCUAAAGGCGGAAGAUGGGCAUCUCUUCGAAAUCGAAAGGGCGGUAGCCAUGGACUGCUUAGGCAUAGUGAAAACUUUCUUUGAAGAGAAUGAACAUGAUGACGAUAACGUUAACGUUAUCGUGCCACUUCCCAAUGUCUCCUCCGCUGCGCUCACUCAGAUCAUAAAAUACUGCAAGAAGCACGUAGGGUUUCGUGAGGACGAAGCGGAUGAGCCGAAAAAGGCAGAGAUGAAAGCGUUUGACGGGGAUUUUAUCAACCAUCAGAGUGUCGAUAUGCUGAAGGAAAUUCUUCUCGCCGCAAAUUAUUUGAACGUGAAGAGCUUGCUGGAAUUGGCCGAAGAUAAUGUCGCGGAGAGAAUCAAGAAUAAGAGUGUGGAGUACGUUAGAGAGUUCUUCGGAAUCGAGAAUGAUUUUACGGAGGAAGAAGAGAAUAGACUUCGAGAGGAGAAUUCUUGGGCAUUCGAAGGUGUUGACGCAGAUUGA